AGCAAACAACGUCAUAAACGGAUUUUUAUAACUUUACUUCAUCAAGCUUGAUAUCUUGAUAUAAAUAUCAUCAAGCUUGAUAAAAAAAACGUACAAAAUCUACCAGCAAGAUGACGAGGCGAUGCGGACUGGUGUUGUUCGCAUGCGCUGGACUUCUUCUGAGUUUCGGCGUGAUCCUCGGCGGCUCCACAGCAUGGAGCCUCAUCCGCAUCUCGUACUACUUCUGGACGACGGACCUGCACAUCGAGCUCGGCUCCAGUCUGCUCAUCAUCAUGGCUGCAGCUCUCUGCAUGCCCAUCUGCUGGGUGGCCACCAUCGUGCCCUACCAUCCCAAUAAGUUCUCUAUUCCUGCCACCCUAAUGUGCCUGGUGAUAGCCGCCCUAGCCCUGAUGUGUGCGGGGCUGACGUCCUCGGCCGCGCUGGCCCGCUCGCUCCGGGACCCCGGCCUGAACCGCAGCAUGUACGAGGCCAUGCGCCGGGACCCUCACGACCAGAGUGUGCGGACCGCCUUCUCUGCUAUGCAGCUCGAAUUGCAAUGUUGUGGCGUACAGUCGUACGAGGACUGGUAUGGUCAUCGCCAAACACUGCCCGCUUCCUGUUGUGGAAAAGUACCAUUGAAGCCCGGCGACGGCUGCGAGACGCCUCUGUACACUAGCGGCUGCCUGCGCCCGGCCGCGGUCGAGCUCCGCUACUUCACCGACUCCUGCGCAGUGCUCGGCCUCUCCAUCGUCAUCGUUCUGACCGUGACUCUACUCGCGACGGCCUACUUGGUGGUGGACUCUGUGGUGGAGCCCGGGUGUCCCAACCUGCUGAAGGGUUCUCAUGCGGUCCGCGUGGCGUGCCUGUCGCCGAGUGUGCAGUACGUGUCCCUCCCCUCCCCUGUCCCCAUGCCGCUGCCGGCGCGUGCGCAGCCGAUGUCGGCGCCAUCUUUGUGAAAUGUUGUUAUAGGAUUGGGAAUAUACCUACUGUGGAAAUUAAUAGUUAGCUAGAUUACUAGAUGUUUCGGUGGAUGCAAAAUAAUGCUUAUUUGUAUUUCAUUAUCUAUUAUUUUUAAUUUAAAAUACACCUACCUUUCUUACCCA